AUGUCCCCUCAAUUCGAUGCUCCCUCUAUCGCGGUUGCCUCCCUCCAUGAUCCCACCCACUUCGGCAUCCCGCUCUCCCAGACCGAGCACCGCCUGGCGCUCCUGGAACAUUGGAACAUCCUCCCUGGCUCCAAGGUACUGGAAUUAGGAUGCGGACAGGGCGACUGCACAAUUGUCCUUGCCCAUGCUGUCGGCGAGCAGGGGAAAGUGGUGGCGGUCGAUCCGGCGGAUUUGGAGUAUGGUGCCCCGUAUACUCUCGGUCAAGCCCAGGGUCACAUCUCAGAGGGCCCACUAGGAGGGCAGAUUACUUGGGUUCAACAAAACCCUCUGAGCUACCUCUCCUCACUUUCCUCUGACUACGGCGCUUCGCCCCCAUCGUCACCCGAUAGCGAAGAUAAGGCCUUUGACGCUGCAGUACUCGCCCAUUGCCUAUGGUACUUCGCCUCCCCCUCCAUCAUUCUUGCCACUUUCCGGGCCCUCAAGCAACAUAGCAAGCGUCUCCUCCUUGCUGAGUGGUCGUUGGUAGCGACAGACCCCUCCGCCCAGCCCCACGUAUUAGCUGCACUCACCCAGGCCGCAUUGGAGUGCCAUAAGCGCAACAGCGACUCGAACAUCCGCACGGUUCUGGGGCCAAGGAAACUUACUGAGUUGGCCCUGGCUGCCGGGUGGCAGCUGGAGAGUGAGAGCCUCGUGCAAACUGGGGAGGGGCUGUUAGACGGACAAUGGGAAGUCUCCGCUUGCCUUUCUCCCUCUUUUGAAAGAGAAGUAGAAGACCAAGUGGGCGAUGAGAGGGAGCGGGCGGUGGUUAUUGCAUUGCGGGAUGCAUGUGAUGCGAGCUUGAAGGGUGUACAGGGAGGUCAGAAAGGGGUUAGGGCCAUGGAUGUUUGGGUUGCUAAUUUUAUUUGA